GUAAAUUUCUUUCACCUCUCAGAGUAAACAGAUACAUUGUAAGCUUGGAGUAUUUAUUAAACUGAUGGCCCCCCUUCUCUGAGUCUAUUCUGGAGCUGAGUCUGGGCAUUGGCUGGAGGAGACCCUGGCUGGAGCCACCAGGACUGGUCACUUGGAAGGAGUGGAAAUCUAGAAUUGGGAACCAACAAACACAGCUCCACUUGAGUGUUGGCUGGUUUUCAUCCUCCCCUCCUCCACUUUCAGCCAUGAACAUCUCAUGACUGCUCCCUGUGAUGUCAUUGAGGAAAGGUCCACACAAUAGCAGAGUAAGAACAUGAGUUCCGGGGCGAACUUCUAAACCAAAGGUGGACCCGAGGGGAGAGGAUCAACAGCUGUGAGAGCCGAAAACGAUUAAACAGCAGGGACUCCAAGAUGAAUGUGGAAAUUGACGACAAAAGAACACGCACGAGGUCAAAAACAAUCAGAGCAGUCCCCGCUGAGCUCAUAGGACAGGAAGUGAGCUGUCCCACCCCAGGCUGCAUUGGCUCAGGACACACAAGUGGAAAGUAUGCAAGACACAGAAGUUUACAAAGUUGCCCCCUGGCACGAAAACGCAAGAUUCAGGAUGCCGAAGCAGAACAUUUUUCUUCAAAGAGGAAAUCACACCCACUCAAGCUUGCCCUGGACGAGCGGUACAAUGUGGACAGCGAUGGAAGUGAGGAAACAGAGGUGAAACAGGAAGAGUCUGGGUCUGAGGACUCUGAAGGAAGUUUAGAGGAAAUCGAAGAAGAAUCUGAAAUGGCAGAACCCAAAGAUAUGCCCAGCCCAAAAUCUCCUGCAGAAGAUGAAAAACCAACAUUUACAGAGGAAACAUCCAACACAGAGAAAAGUUCUCAAGAAAAACCCAGUUACAGCAGCUACCAAGAAAUUAUUGCCAAUUCGCUUCUGAAUCUGGGGCACGUAGCGAAGCAAACACUUGUGUCAGAGGGGCAUUUAGCAGAAAGUGAACUGGACUCUCCCAAACCAAGUAUUGGUGCAGUGGAGAUAGUACAGGAGGAGGAGGUGGAAGAAGCCCUGGUAGAAGAUGUGUGCGAUAAAGAGAUUAUCAUCCAGACUGAAGAUGCUGAAGAGGUCAUUGAGGUCACUAGUGAACGGAGCAGUGAGCUGUGUCUUGAAUCAAGGGACGAUGUCAACUGUGAAGACACCUGCAAGCUGCAGAAGGAUGUAGAGGAGGAAGAAGAUGAUGAAGAUGAUGAUGACGAUCUUGAUGAAGACGAUGAUGAUGAUGAUCUGGAAGACUUUGAAGAGGAAGAAGAAGAACGAUCCACCGAGAUGAUCAACCAAGUUAUCCCCCAUGUUUCUCAGGACUCCCCUAAAAUCCACUGUGAAGGACAGUUCACUCCUAAACCUGAAUAUUCAGUCAUUGUGGAGGUCAGGUCAGAUGAUGAUAAAGACGACGAUAACCAUUCACAAAAAUCAGCCGUUACGGAUGAGUCCGAGAUGUAUGACAUGAUGACCAGAGGAAACUUAGGGCUUUUAGAACAAGCGAUUGCUCUCAAAGCCGAACAAGUCAAAGUUGUUCGAGAGCCAAGUCGAAUUCCUGCUGAUAACCCCAAGAAUUUCCAACCAGAUGAUAAACAAAACAGAUCAAUAGACACCAUGCGGAAAAACUUUUAUGAUGCAGCCAGGCCAGAGAAGAGAGAGAUUAAAUGCCCCACCCCGGGCUGUGACGGUACCGGACAUGUCACAGGACUGUAUCCCCAUCACAGAAGCCUCUCAGGAUGUCCUCACAAAGACAGGAUUCCUCCGGAGAUUCUGGCAAUGCACGAGAAUGUGUUGAAAUGCCCAACGCCGGGCUGCACUGGACAAGGUCACGUGAAUAGUAACAGGAACACACACAGGAGCUUGUCCGGAUGCCCGAUUGCUGCGGCUGAAAAGUUAGCCAGAUCUCAUGAAAAGCAACAGCAGCCAGGGGACCUCUCCAAAAACAGCCCUAGCUCAGACAGAAUACUCAGGCCCAUGUGUUUUGUGAAGCAACUGGAGAUUCCCCAAUUUGGCAGCUAUCGACCCAACAUGGUGCCUGCGACCCCCAGGGCAAACCUGGCCAAGGAGCUCGAAAAAUACUCCAAGGUCACCUUCGAUUAUGCAAGUUUUGAUGCUCAGGUUUUUGGCAAACGCUUGCUUGCUCCAAAGAUUCAGACAAGCGAAACCUCACCCAACGCCUUUAAAUCCAAACAAUUCCCAAAAGCCUCUUCCCCAAGUCACAGCCCAUCCAGCAGUUAUGUAAAAAGUACUUCUUCUUCCUCCUCUGGCUUUGAUUACACCCACGACGCAGAGGCUGCUCACAUGGCGGCCACCGCCAUCUUGAAUCUUUCAACGCGCUGCUGGGAGAUGCCGGAAAAUCUUAGCACCAAGCAACAAGAUCUGCCUAGUAAAUCCAUGGAUAUUGAAGUUGAUGAAAAUGGUACAUUGGAUCUGAGCAUGAACAAACACAGGAAACGUGAAAGCACAUUUCCCAGCAGUAGUAGCUGCAGCAGUAGCCCAAGUAUGAAGUCCCCUGACCAGUCUCAGCGCCAAAACUGCACCAGUGCCACCAGCAGCACCAUGACUUCUCCUCAGUCCAGCCAGACGUCUCGGCAAGAUGAUUGGGAUGGACCCAUCGAUUAUACCAAGCCGAAUCGCCAGCGAGAAGAGGAACCAGAAGAAUCUGAGCCUGCAGGAGCAUCUUUUGCUUCCUCGGAAGCUGAUGACCAAGAGUUGCAAGAAGAGAACUUUGAGGAUCGGAAAUAUCCAGGGGAUGUCACAUUAAGCAAUUUCAAACUGAAGUUUCUCUCCAAGGACAGCAAGAAGGAGUUACUAACAUAUUUUGCUGCACAACGGGAAAUUCGGCCAGUACGAGAUGGGGGGUGCGCAAGUCCAAAAGGGGGCGAUGGAGGAAAAAAAUCAGCAACCCUCCUGAAUGACUGUCCUACUCCUGGAUGCGAUGGAAGUGGCCACAUUACAGGAAAUUACGCCUCCCACCGCAGCCUUUCUGGUUGUCCUCUUGCUGACAAGAGUCUCAGAAAUCUCAUGGCUGCUCACUCUGCUGACCUCAAGUGCCCGACCCCUGGAUGUGACGGCUCAGGACACAUUACAGGGAAUUAUGCGUCUCAUCGAAGUUUGUCUGGCUGCCCUCGUGCCAAGAAGAGUGGAAUGAAAAUUACACCCACCAAGGAAGACAAGGACGACCCAGAGCUAAUGAAGUGCCCCGUUCCCGGCUGUGAUGGUCUUGGACAUAUUAGUGGGAAAUACGCAUCCCACCGCAGCGCCUCAGGUUGCCCGCUAGCUGCCCGAAGACAGAAAGAAGGUGCUCUGAAUGGUUCUGCCUUCUCUUGGAAAUCUCUGAAGAAUGAGGGCCCAACCUGUCCCACCCCCGGGUGCGAUGGAUCGGGUCACGCCAAUGGAAGCUUCCUCACUCAUAGGAGUUUGUCAGGUUGUCCCAGAGCUUCCUAUGCAGGAAAGAAGGGCAAACUCUCAGGGGAUGAACUUCUAGGCACAAAGUUCAAGAACAGCGAUGUCUUAGAGAAUGAUGAAGAAAUUAAGCAGCUGAAUAAGGAGAUCAAUGAUCUGAACGAGUCCAACUCCGAGAUGGAAGCAGAUAUGGUGAAUCUUCAAACUCAGAUCACAUCAAUGGAGAAGAACCUAAAAAAUAUAGAAGAAGAGAAUAAGGUCAUAGAAGAGCAGAAUGAAGCCAUGUUUGUCGAACUUUCUGGGCUAAGUCAGGCCCUUAUCCGAAGUCUUACCAACAUCCGCCUUCCUCACAUGGAGCCAAUCAGUGAACAGAAUUUCGAUGCCUAUGUGAAUAAACUCACUGACAUGUACACCGACCAGGAAUGUUACCUCAAUCCGGAGAAUAAAGCUUUGCUCGAAAGCAUCAAACAAGCUGUCAAAGGGAUUCAGGUGUAACAUAGGAAUGGGAGAAUUUUCCAGUUGAGUAUUCAGGUCCACAAGCCAAAUGGUUUGUGCAUUGAAUCACAAAACUUAAAGGACCAAAAUAAGUUAAAAAACUAAACAAAAAAAAACUAAAUAAAUUAAUGAGGAACUGGAUGGAAAUGUUGAACGCCAAUUUGGAAACGAAGCUGAAAGAAAAUAUAAAUUAUUUUGUUUUAUUCUUAAAUGUAUCGGCCUGAUACUGGAAAACGAGGAGAAAGGACCAUGCUCACUUACGCAAUCCAGGAUACAAAGAUGAAUUUUAAUGACCAAUUAAGGGCCAGAUUGACUGCAAACUGAACAAAGCCUGCCCUUUCUAUUUUCAGGGUAUGAUGAUACAUUGUGGACCAUUUAACCAAGAGCAAAAACCCUGAGGUUCAUUCUUGGACCAAACUUAACCAGACGCCAAAACAGAAGAUUUAUCUCGACAGAUAAGAUAUCUGCCGAACCCAUCAGGAUUUUUAUUUUUUUAUUUUUAUUUUAAUAUUAUUUUUUUUUAAUAGAAAGGUCCGGCAGAGGAGCAAAAAGACAAGUAUUAUACACAAGAAAAAAAAAUCUUCUUUAUUUUUCACAAAAACAUUUUAAAUGAGCAGUUCUGUAAUUCCUUCUGAAGCGCAAAGGGUUAAAGGUUCUCAGGGAAAGCUUUCGGGGUUACAGCUGCGUCGUUAAUUUUUUAUUUUCUGUUUUAACUUUCUCGCUACCAGGGGGUAGGGGUGAUGUUCAAAUCGUACCGCAGUGCAAACUGGCAUGCAGCUGUGUCCCCUCUAGAAUGGGUUUCCAGUUUGCUGCCAGAACAAAGUCACUUAAGCGGUGUUGAGUGGGUGUGUGUAUUUAUGUGCGUAUGGAAGGGCCAUCUCCUUCUCUUUGUAUGGAAGGGCCACCUCCUUCUCUUUGUAUGGAAGGACAAGCUACUUCUAUGUGUAUGGAAGGGCCAUCUCCUUCUAUGUGUAUGAAAGGGCAAGCUCUUUCUAUUCAUAUGGGACGGCCAAUUCCUUCUGUCCAUAUGGCAUGGCCAGUCCCUUCUAUUGUAUGGGAUGGCCAGUUACUUCUGUCUGUAUGGAAUGGCCAGUUGCUUCUGUCUCUAUGGGAUGGCCAGUUCCUUCUAUUGUAUGGGAUGGCCAGUUCCUUCUGUCUGUAUGGAAUGGCCAGUUCCUUCUGUCCAUAUGGGAUGGCCAGUUCCUUCUGUCCAUAUGGGUAGGCCAGUUCCUUCUGUCCAUAUGGGAUGGCCAGUUCCUUCUGUCCAUAUGGGAUGGCAAGUUCAUUCUAUUGUAUGGGAUGGUCAGUUCCUUCUGUCUGUAUGGAAUGGACACUUCAUUCUAUCUGUAUGAGGCAGCCAGUUCCUUUUGUUGUAUGGAACGGCCAGUUCCUUCUGUUGUAUGGGAGGGCCAGUACCUUCUGUCUAUAUGGGAGAGCCAGUUCCUAGUGUCAUUAUCCAGUGUCUAUAAUUUCGAGAGUUCUAUCUGUCUUGGUUCUCUUAGUGCAGCCCUGUAGGAUAUGUAUAGUGAAGAUACGUUUUAGCAGUAAACCCUGUACCAGGCAGGAAUUCAGGUACAGGUUUGGCAUAAAUGGUCCUGGCUCAACCUGUUCUUCUCCUUGCGUGAUCUGCAAUUUGACAUACAUAAUAUAUUGGGCUCUUCUUUCCACAUGAGAAGAAGUGAAGGGUUGAGCUAGUAGAGAGAAUACUCUCCAUUCUGUUGGCCAGGGAGUUAUAUAUUGUAACCUAUCUUUUGACAAGCAAUUAUUGGUUAACAGAAUGAGAUGAGAUAUGGGGUACAAAUUAAUAGAAGAGAUUUUGUUUUUACUUUGUAAAUCUUGAUAUUACAGCAUGGAAGAUGGGUUGAUUGCUAAAUUUUAGCAGGUUAAGCUAGAUGCCCCAUGCUUGCUGUUGGCAGACAAGCUUGAAAUGGACACCUACAUAUUGUAUGUCCAAGGUCUACAGAGACUAUAAAGCUGCUUUAAAAUAGCAUCAAAGUUAUACUCACUCCUGCUAGAGCUGUAUUAACUACUAGGUCAACUUUGACAACUCCUAUGAACUUAUCUUACGUGGGUGAAGAUGACCUGACAUUGGGAUCCGGAGUCAAUAUAGGGCAAUGCCUACAUUCUGCUCUCUGCCCCUACACAUUGUUGAAUAUGUGUUCAGGAAAUAAGCUCUCAAUGUAGUGACCCAACCUGGGCCCUACUCUGUUUUAAUCUGGCUCUGAAUUCUGUUUAAUUGCGCUUUCUGCAUAAUGUACCCUGUGUCCUUAGCUGAUGACUGGUUAGCCAGGAUUCUGAUGGUCAAUUGAAAAGAUUCACCGUAGAGAUGAGUACAAAAGAGAUUUAUUUAACUCUUCCACGGUGCACUAUAAGACCUGCACAUAUCCCUGAGAGUAUUCUCGAUGUAAAGUUUCGAAGGUCUUGAUCACACACUGUACAGAUAGAGCAAUACAUGUAAAUGUAGGUAAUAAAUAAGUAAAACCUAUUUAGCAAGGAUUCCAGCUAACCUGGAGAUGACAUUACAAUCACCACCAUCUAAUACCAUAGACCUCGGUCUUAAAAUUGUGGUGGAACGAUGGUUCUGCAUGUAUAGAACAAAGAGAUGAAUUUAUCAGAAAGUGAAGUUUGACCUUUGUAAAUUCUAUACAGGUUAAUGUAGCAGGUGGUUGUAUUCAUGUAAUCCAAAAUGAUGUCUUGGGCCUCGGCAGCAAGUAAUCUUUUUUUUAUUUUUUAAAAAAGACUUAAAACUGCGUACAUGUUCUUGUACAUAAAGUCUAAUCCAGUUGUGAAUAAGAAUCAGCUAGUAUUUUGCCAGUAGAACAGCUGCACUUCCACGGAUAACUUAGUUUUAUUAUCUUGUAAAUUAUUUAAUUUCUAAUUUAUUCAUAAAACCAUAUGUGGAUCUUCUACUAUUUAUUAUGUUAAUUUAUUCAAUUUAUUUUCGUUGGACUUAUUUUAACUGGAUACCACACGUGAAUAGGGAGAAAGGAGUUUAAAUAUAAGAGAAAUAAAUUAAUAAUAACCUUUUGACAAUAAAUUAUAUUCCAUGGGUGGAAAAAAAUGCUAUCUACAGCUAAUAGUUUUGAUGAAACCUAGUUAUUUUUUAUAAAUUUUUGUUAUUUAUUCUUUUAAACAAUGGGAAUUUUUUUAAAGAUAUUUUAUAAUGGAGGAGUUUUGAUAUUUUUUUUGUUUUUGUUUCAUUUUACUGGGAAAAAGGGAAAAAUAAUAUUUUUUUUUUCUUCACUUUCAUUCCUUUGUUUUGUUUUAAUUUGUGUAACUCUUUUGGUGAUGGAAAUGACUUUGGUGGCUUUCUGCGGAACUCACCGUUGCCAUUUCUACAUCUGAAGAGGGUCACUAUGUUUCAGGCACUGAUGACAGUAUAUUGAAAAAAAAUGCUGUAUUUAUUUAUUAAUUAUUUAAGUAAAAUGGACUUGUGAACUUGUUGUAUAUUUAUUUUGUCAUGUUUGUGAGUCUGUUAAUGUGAUUGUUUAUGUGAAGAAAUCCUGUUAAUAUUUAAAAUUUAAAAAAAAAUCAAAAAAUUUAAAAUAAAAGGUUGCAUUGAAGGCUGAUACAGACUAUCUGUUAAUCUCUGCUAAUCUCUCCGAUACUGUGAUUCCGGCCUCAGGGAAAAUACAAAACCAA